AUGCAUCCUAUUUUGAAUGUUGUCGUCGUCAGUUUUCAUCACAAACGAGGAUGUGAGGUAGAAUAUUCUCAUCCAAAACUCGACGGAACCGGUGAAGCAGGACUCCCCGAUGAAUGGCAUCUUUUGCCGUCUCUCGCAUUGCCCGAUGGAGUUCAUAACUGUCAAAAAGACACUAUAUUUUUCCUGCUGCCAUCACGGGAAGAACCUGGAAAAUGUGUAUUUGGAAUAUCGUGUUAUCGACAAAUUGACGCAAAAGAGUUAAUCAAUAAAUCGGACGACGUGACCCGUGCAAGUGUUCAGAAGGCAGUAUGUGUUCUCUCCAGAAUUCCUCUUUUCGGUCCAUUGAAAGCGAAACUAGAAGUUAUUACUCAGACAUACUUCGAACAGAAAGACUUUUCGAAAGUGGAUGUUUUAGCUCAAAUGUAUACAAAUUUAUGUGAUAUUUUCGAUGAGAAUCUGACAGGAGAGUACUUUUCGAAUUUAGCUCAUCAUGAAAUUUCAAUCCAAGAAUUAUUUAUAAGAUUCCGCCAUCGAGCCCUUCUUCUUUUUAAAUUGUUUCUUCUGGAGCGAAAGGUUCUGUUUAUUGCACCGACUGGUUUACGACUUGGAGAAACUAUGUUGGCUAUCAUUUCCAUGUUUCCAAAACUGUUAGAAGAGGGUUUAUUUUAUUCGACAAUCGGUGUCAACACCAGCGACAAAAUUCGUCCAGCAAAGAUAUCAAAAAAUGAAAAUAUUAAAAACGAAGAGAUUGUAAUAGAAGAAGACGUUGGAAUACAAUUGACACGUAGUGAUCCACUGAAAAAGAAAGAUUCUUGUGGAUUCCCGUUGAGUCUUUUUACACAAGGAUCAUCUUUUGAUCCAUAUCUACCGAUCCAGUCAAUGGACUUGAUUUCGAAAACUCAAAGUUGUAUUGUUGGUGCAACGAAUGCAUUGUUUGCAAUGAAGAAAGAUUUGUUUGAUGUAAUUGUCAAGAUUGAAGAUGACGGUUCGCUUGUUCAUAAUCACAUCGAAUUCGUCAAUGAUUCAGCACUAGAACGAGUGGUUUCAUUGACCACAGCUGAUCUUCGGUUCGCUGAUUUUGUUCUGAAGAAAGUGGAAGAACAGAUGAAGGCAUCAUCAUCUGAAUUCGAUGGAAGUGAUGAAUGGAUCCGAUUGCAAAUGAAAAAUUAUCUUCUGGGGCUCGUCGCCACAUCACGAUCCGAUCUACAAGCAGCUAUUCCUCAUUUUGGUAUUGCUUUUGUCAAUGAAUGGCGGAGAACGAAAAAUCAUAAGAUUUUAGUGGCGAAUAAACAUGAAGACUUGACUUCUGUACCUCCAGGGCAUAUGUUUUCUGAACAAAUGGGUGUUUAUGAUGUUUAUCUUCGUCUCGAGCAUGCUGUAAAUGGUGUUGAAGGUGCAUCAAAAGUCAUUGGAACUGUGAACACUGCCGGAAAGAAUUUGGGAUCGAGCAUAGGUGAAACAGGCAGUCGAGUAAAAGCAAAAUUCACAAACUGGUGGAAUCGAAAAGCGCCCGUUCAAGAAGGCAUCGAGCAAGCAGAAGAGCCUUCUGAAUGA